AUGGUUGCUACUGUUACAGAGGAGGAACCAUGGACCCUCUACUUUGAUGGGUCUUCCACAUCAAAAGGUGGAGGGGCAGGUGUUGUGCUCAUUAAUCCCUAUGGGCAAGCUACGGCUCUCUCAUUCAAGCUAGACUUUCCAUGCACGAAUAACAUGGCGGAAUACAAAGCUUUUAUUGUAGGAUUGUCCACAGCAAGAGAAAUGGGCGCAGAAAAGGUGAAGAUCAUUGGCGAUUCGAACCUGGUACUAAGUCAAUUGCAAGGAAGCUUUGCGGUGAAUGAAUCAACCUUGGCACCAUAUCGGACAGCAGCUGAAAGGCUCAUUAAUUCCUUCAAGCAAACCGUGAUGGAGCACAUUCCAGGAGCCACCAAUAGGUACGCUGAUGCUUUGGCCACAUUGGGAUCGAAGCUCUCAUUUGUGCAAUAG